AUUGGAUCUCUUUAGAAAGUGUACCUGUGCCUCUAAAAGACAUGUUCAAAUUGUGUUUUAUGAGGUGAUGGGGAUUUGUCGCCUCCUGUUGGUCGGAUUGGGAAAUUGAGCACUAACGUUCAUCAACUCAAACUAGAGGGGCCACCCCGCCACUCUUCCUGCGUGUGCCGUCCGUGGAACAUGCCCGCCGCCGCCGUGGGCAAGUCGCUACGCGCGGCCGCCGUGCUGUCCGUGGCGGUCCUGUCCGUCCUGGUGUGCCUGCUCCUCGGCAGCGUGCAGCAGCUCGGCGGGGGCCGCCAAGAUCUUCUGGAUGAAGAGCUGGCGUCCCUCCGCGCGGCGCUGAGCGACCAACUCGCGCAAAGACGCCGAGAAAUCCUCCCUUUGCUUUCCCCCGGACGCGUCGAGGAGCCUUUCUCCACCUGGGAUUCGAAUCUGUGGGGCGAGCUGACGGGCGGCGGGGCUCCGCUGGGCUGCGGAGCUCUGCGGGACAUGCGGCCGCUGGAGGUGCUCGGCUCCGGGUACACCAAGCUGGUGGUGAAGGUGACGCUGGCCGGAGGAGAGCCGGCGGCCCUCAAGGUGGUCAACGAGCACGGCAUCGACAUGGCCAAGUGCGUGGAGGGAUUCAAGGACCCCCUCGGAUGCCGUCAGCUGGUUUCCUCCAAACUCAGCAAGGAAGUUGUCCUCCUGCACAGGCUGCGACAUCCCAACGUCAUCGAGCUGCGCGGUCACUGCGCCGGAGACUCGGAAGGCCGAGUCACCGCCAUCCUGGAGCAGGGCAACCCUCUCCAGAUGCUGCAGCUGCUCCAGAGCCCCUGGGAGGACCGCUUCAGGGUGUGUCUGGACCUGGUGCGCCUCCUCCACUUCCUGUCGCGCUCCCCACUGGGAUCGGUGGCUCUGCUGGACUUCCAGCCUCGCCAGUUCGUGAUGGUGUCGGGCGAGCUCAAGCUCACCGACCUGGACGACGCCAGCACGGCUGCGACCCCCUGCCGCCGUGACGCCGACUGCUCGCUGCAGUUCCCGCACCGAAAUUUCACGCUGGCCUGCUCGCCCCGCGGACUGUGCGAGGGUCUCAAUGAGAAGAUGAACAUUUACAACGCAUACAGGUACUUUUUCACCUACCUGCUGCCUCACCAGGCCCCGCCCGGCCUCACACACCUGGUGGAGCACAUCAUGAACGCCACAGGUGAGCUGAAAGCCGACAUCAACCAGACGCUGGACGCUUUCGAGCACAUCCUGCGCCUCUACCAGUCCGGCCUGCACCUGGACAAGCUGCCGACAUCUGUACUCCGAGAUUACAACGUGAUGCGAGGCAUGACCACGUCGGGCGACGCGGAGUACCGCUGCUGGCCGUCCUACAGCCAGCAAGGCUGCGUUCUGUCGGUCCACGGCGCCAAAGAGGCUGCACACAUCUGCAACUCGCACUCGCAAUGCACCAGCUUUACUCUGACUGGACAGAAAACAUGGACAGGGCGCCCACUUGCCACGUUCAGGAGCAACUUCAGUCUUCUGGUGCCUGACGAAACCUCCGAGGUGUACGUGAAGAAAAGCACAGCCGUUUUGCUGCGUUGACUUUAUUUGCUGCCUGUUGCGAAGCCAGCUCCCCCGUGGCGGGCUUGGAGGUAAGAAGUCGAGCCGUGGCAGCUCAGCGCAAAAAGCCAGAGGACGAGGAAAGAAAACAAGCUCUUAUUCAAGUACACGCUGGGGCUGAUGCGCUGAGGUGCCAACUGUUUUCUCAUGGCUCUGAGGCUUAGCCGCGCUGUGAUCUGAACGGGACCUUUACAACGCCGCUUUUAACUUGGGAGGCGUGUCUGUUUGUUCAGCUAGUUAGCUUAAUGUUGCUUUUGAAGCUCCAGCCAGGUGGUUCUCGUCGCUCCGUCCAUGGAAAAGAAUGACGGGGAACAUCUCGUUGGCGUGUAAAGUUACAGGCGGGAGCUAAUUCGUGUUGCAAAUUAAGCUAAGGCGUAACCGAGCAUUAUGAUGUCGCAGCUAAGUGAGACCAAGGUAGUUUAUGAUGCUAAAGUCAGGUGCUAAUUAUAGCUUGGGCUUAUGAGCAAAACCCACAGCAACAGCUAGUUUAGCUUGGGGUAGUGUAUGAACCUGCAGCGAGGAACUCAUUGUAGCUCAUCCACUACUAGCUAGAUAGUGCAAGCUAACAUCUGAAGCUACAGACAGGAUUAGUGUAGCAUAUGGAGCUAUAGGCAACAGCUAAUUCAUCAAGAUACCGAAAAAAAACCCUGCCUUUUUACAGAAACACUAAUUAUUACUCAAAGCACAUUUAAAGCUUAAUUAUAUAGCAAUGGUUUACCACAUUGUGAAUAUCACACCAUUGCUAAACGUGUUUAUCUGACUACUUAAUUGUUACCAGACGCACGAAUUAAAGACGGUCGGACUAGCUAAACAAACAGACAUUCAAGACAUUGACGUUUUGGGGCCUGAAACUACAAACACUUGAAAGCCUUUUUCAAAGCAAUGUUUGUUUUUUUUUUUUUUCUUUCUCGUCUCAUCUUGAAAAUGUUAGUCUGUAAAAGGGGAAAUGUGCAGACAUGUUUUGUGUAGAUGUGGUAUUUCAUCCCAAACAACCACAAUAGUGGCCUUCUCCACCAAUGUGUACAUCUACAGUGCUAAUUCAUCAGAUUAAGAGGCAUAACUUACAAAUAUCAAAUCAGUGUACAUCUACGUAGUUUUUCUCAACAAUGUGACAUUGCCAAGUGUUGGCCUGGCAUCCAUAUCGCAACACUUUUUGGCAUGUUUCCAGGUCCACGUGAACAGGAUCCCUUUUUGCUCCCGGGACCGUUUAAACGACGUCAACCCAGGAAAAAUAUUUCUAACUGAAAUAAUAUCCACGUCAGGCAAGUGGUUGGUGAUGUCACUUCAUAAAGAAACACCUAGCAAAUGUGAAUCAGUCAUGCAGCAAUGCUGGAUGUACUCUUUUGGGAGGAGUGCUAAAAAACUAUGACAGUCUGCCCAGGCUUAAUUCAGUUUUGUACUAUUUCUAUUUUUAAACGUGAGCAUUUUUUUUCUUCAAAUGUUCUACUUUGAGAUCUUUUCUCGUUGUUCAAAACAUUCUGCUGUAAAGUGCCACUUGAAACGCUCUGAGCAUUUACAGCGAAAAUCAUUUUCAACCAUUCCAGUUUUUUUGCAUCCUUUAUGUAAAUGAAUUCAUUCCUCCACGGUGUCAUGAUUGAAUCGAAUUGUUCUAACACGAUUGUGGUUUUAGAGUUUUAAGUGCACCUUGUGGGUGAAACCAUUAUUUUCAAUGGAAAAUGAGUGACCUCUUUUGUUUUUUUGUAAUACUGCACCGAAUGCAACUGCAGUCUUAUUUUAUAAAUUUGUACUUAAAUUGCUUCUGUA